AUGGUGAAUUUUCAUUAUUCCAAUAAAGAUUUAUUACAAACUACAACACAAUUCACUUCACCGAAUCAACAUGAUUAUUGUCUUCUUAGUCAUGAUGACAAUGCGAAACAUUUAAAUGAUACCAUUGAAUGGGAUUUGUUGAAAUCAAUAGAAUUGAAUAAUGAACAUAUUGAAUCGAAUUCAAAUUCUUUUGUAAAAAAACAACAACAACAUAAUCUAUUAAGUCUUCCAAAUCAUGCUAAUCAUCAAUAUAAAUCACCAGAAAUCGAUAACAAUCAUAACAAUGAUAAUGAUACAACAACAAUAGAAAGUUGGACACCAUCAACAACUGAUCAAUCAUUUGUAAUUAAUCAUCAUCAUCAUCAUCAUCAAAAAUUAUUAUUUGAUAAAAUGAAAACUUGGAAAUUGUAUAGAAAUACUAGUCCAUUAAAUUAUUUUCAUAAUGUUGUUAAUUCAACUAGUAAUGUGGAUAAUUUUCUAUCUGAUAAACAACAUUUUAUACAAUGUAGAUAUAGAACAUUUGAAGAUUUGCCUAAAAAUCAAUCGGAUGAACAUGUAGCCACGGUACAUGUGUUCAAUCGUUAUUUAUUGAACAAUGAACAAUGUGCGGAUACAGAUCAAUUAGGAAUUUUAACACCAAAUACUUAUUCAUCAUCACCUCAGAUAAAUGAAAAUGUGACAGAACAAUUUAUUACACCGACAAUUGUUAGUGAAGAGGAUAUGAGAAAAUUAGAUGAUUGUAAUCAAGAAUUUGAUCAUAAUGCACGUUUAAAUGCAAGACAUCGUAUAGAAGAAGAAUAUUUACAAAAUUUAGAAAAACGUUAUGAUGUUAAUAUGAAUCAGUCAAAUAAUAAUGAAGCACUCCAUAGUACACAUUUAACUGGAUAUGAUUUAAUACCUCAUAGUUUAUUGAUGUCUACUAGUGUUGAUGGUUUACAUGCUGUAAUGACCACAGUACAAAUGGACUCUUCAAGUAUUUAUCGUACAGUGGAUCAAACUAUUUUAAAGCCAAAUACUACAGAAGAGAAAAUUAUUGCAAAUAAAUGUGAGUAUUGUUCUUGUUCUCAAGAUGAUAUUGAUCAUUUUUUGCAAUGA